AAGACUACAAUAUUAUAUGAUUACUUUGGAGUUGGAUCAAAAUAAAGUUUAAUUUAUUAUAUAUUUUGAAGUAAUUUAAAGUAUUUGUUAACUCUCGUAACUAAUUAUUUUAAGCAGUGAAAGAAUUAUGUGAUAUUCAAGAAUACUGGAGUAUUUAGUCUGGCUAAAAUGACUUUCCUGGAAGACACACUUAUUAUAUUAAUUUCGCAGACAGUAUUCUUCGUUGGAGGAUGGAUAUUCUUUGUGAAGCAGCUGUUCAGGGACUAUGAAGUCCACCAUUUGUUGGUGCAGUUAAUUUUCUCUGUCACCUUUGCGUUGAGCUGCACAAUGUUUGAACUUAUUAUAUUUGAAAUCAUUGGAUAUUUGGAUUCAAGUUCUAGAUAUUUCCACUGGAAUAUGGGUCUUUACUCCCUGCUGUUUAUGGUGAUAGCUCUCAUACCAUUCUACAUAGCAUACUUCUGCAUCUGUAACUUCAGAUUUGUAUCACAAAAUAUGAUAAGGCCACUGACAUUGUUUGUGUGGUUUAUUUACUUGUAUUUCUUUUGGAAGAUCGGUGACCCAUUCCCUAUACUAAGUCCGAAACAGGGUAUAUUUUCAAUAGAGCAAGGUGUAUCGCGGAUAGGAGUUAUAGGAGUGACAGUAAUGGCUUUGCUGUCUGGGUUUGGUGCCGUCAAUUACCCCUAUACAUCUAUGGCUAUAUUUAUAAGACCAGUAACCCAAGCAGAUGUGCUAUCAAUAGAAAAAAAGCUUCUCCAAACAAUGGAUAUGAUACUUGUGAAGAAGAAAAGAAUAGCUUUAGCAGAAUCCAAUAAUAUGGGGCGGAAUCAGAACAAAAUGAUGGAACAAUCCGGAGCCAAGAAUAGGGGAUUCUGGAGCAAUAUACUGUCCAGUGUUGGCAGCAUUGCCAACCCUUUGGGCCAGGGUACUGAGAAUAUAACUCAGUUACGUCAAGAGAUAUCAGGUCUAGAGGAGUUGAGCAGACAGCUGUUCCUAGAAGCGCACGACGCUCGCACGAUGCGCGAGAAGAUCGAGUGGUCCAGAACCUUCCAGGGGAAGUACUUCAACUUCCUGGGUUACUUCUUCUCUUUGUACUGCGUUUGGAAGAUCUUCAUUUCAACAAUAAAUAUAGUGUUUGAUCGAGUUGGUAAGAAAGACCCAGUGACCAGAGGGUUAGAGCUGGUGGUGCAUUGGCUCGGAUGGAACAUAGACGUGUCAUUCUGGUCUCAGCACGUCUCUUUCAUACUGGUCGGAUGUAUCGUGCUUACAAGCAUUAGGGGUCUCCUUCUGACCCUAACAAAGUUUUUCUACAAAAUAUCAUCAUCGAAAUCAUCGAACAUCAUCGUCCUAAUACUAGCUCAAAUAAUGGGCAUGUAUUUCUGUUCGUCCGUCCUGUUGAUGCGUAUGAACAUGCCGCCAGAAUACAGGAUCAUAAUAACUCAGGUGCUAGGCGAGUUGCAGUUCAAUUUCUACCAUCGAUGGUUCGAUGUUAUUUUCCUAGUUAGCGCUCUGACUAGCAUUUUUACUCUGUAUUUAGCUCAUAAGCAACCUUCUGUCAAUUAAAUGUCAUCCCUUUUAGGCGGUUAAAGUUACCUAGUUACCAUUAGACUUUGGCUAAGGCUAAAAAGCAAAUUGGGUUGCACAAUAGGGUAUAUUACCCCUUUUUUGAAAAGUGUCUUAAUUUGAUCCUAAGGUGAUGAUAAUAAACUACAGAAAAAUUCACAACAAUUUUAUUCGAACGAUAAGUGCAAUAAAA